AUGGAUUCAACCAUGACCAUCAUUGAAAAUCAUUCCAUUUCAAUGCCACCAUAUUUCGAUGGUAAAAAUUUUACUGAAUGGCAGAAGAGUAUGAUGUUAUUCAUACAAUCUGUUGACUUCAAACUAUGGCUUGUAAUCAACAAUGGAAUAAAAAUUCCGAAGAAAGUAGAAAAUGGUGAAGAAUCUGAGAAAUCUGAAAAUGAAUAUGAUGAUGAAGAUGUGAAGAUUAUGGAACAAGAAUCAAAAGCCAAAUAUAUUUUAUGUUGUGCCUUAAACCCACAUGAUCGUAAAAGAAUUUCAUGUUGCAAAACAGCAAAGGAUAUGUGGGAAGAACUUGACAAGCUAAGGAAAGUGCCAACACCUAAUGUAAAUCCAAUAGUUGUAGUAUCAGAAAAUGAUCCGCCCGCAUUACCACCAAAACUCAACACUCCUAAUUUGGAGUUUUUGAAAGAAACAGUUUUAGGUGAUAAUCUGGAGAAAAAGUUUCUCGAGCUUUGUGUUCCCAUUCACAAGCUUGCUCUAAAAGGAAACUGGCCAGCAGCUAAGCACAUCAUCCUAAACAAAGAAAAUAAGUUGAAAAAUGCUGCCAUAACAAAAGACAGGUCUACACUACUGCAUAUUGCAGCAGGUGCAAACCAAAUAAAAUUUGUGACGCAACUAUUGAAAAUGUUGCCGAAUAAUGACUUGGAAUUGCAAGAUAUCAACGGCAACACUGCUUUCUCUUUUGCUGCUGCAGCUGGAAACAUAGAAAUAGUUAAUUUAAUGGUGGAAAGAAACCCGUUGUUGCCAACAAUAAGAGGUGUUAAUGGAUAUACCCCUAUUAUGCAUGCUGCUUUGCAAGGAAGAUGCAAAAUGACAUGGCAUCUAUAUGAUAAAACCAUACAUUGUUUUGAAGAGAAGGAUUGGAAUUUAUUGUUCUUUGCUUGUAUCUACUCUGGCAUCUAUGGUAAGUAUUAA